ACCUGAAUAAUUUCUUAACACUUGUUUUCAAAGGAUUGAGAAGCAUUUGAAAGAAUACAAGGAUUUAACUAUUUGUGAAGCAUUCCAACACUAUGUCUCAAAGCUGUCGAUUAUUCUGUGGAUUUAUACUGAGUUUCAUUGGUUGGAUUGGACUCAUAAUUGCCACCGCCACAAACGACUGGGUCAUAACCUGCAAAUAUGGCAUGCACACUUGCAAGAAGAUGGAUGAGCUAGGUUCUAAAGGGUUAUGGGCUGAAUGUGUGGUUUCUACCUCCCUUUACCAUUGCACAGCUUUGAACCAAAUACUCGCCUUACCAGCUUAUAUUCAGACGUCCCGAGCGCUAAUGGUAGCCGCAUGCAUUGCUGGCUUCCCAUCCUUGGCGCUGGUCAUGAUGGCUCUGCCGUGCGUCAAACUGGCAAAUGAGACAGACGGCGCCAAGCAUAAACGCGCAAUCCUCGGAGGCAUCCUAAUUCUGUUAAUGUCUCUAUGUGGACUGGUGUCCACUGUGUGGUUCCCCAUCGGGGCGCACCAUGACGAGCGCCUCAUGUCUUUUGGCCUCUCCCUGUACUCCGGCUGGGUGGGCUCGGCCCUGUGCCUCCUUGGCGGGGCAAUGAUAACCUGCUGCUCUGGCGGCGGGGCCCAGCCCCAGAACCACCACAACCGCUUCUACUACUCAAAGCAGAGCGGUACGGCCAACGCCAUGCCUCCCGCAGCCAAUCAUGCCAAGAAUGCCCACGUGUGAGAGAACGAGAGAGAGAGAGAGAGAGUCCUCUUGGCACUGAAACAGACCAGCAACUAACUCCAGAAGAAAAUCACACAGGAUGCCAAUUCUGACCUUCAACCAGAACAGAUGGGAGAGACGAGAGAUGUUCAUGAGUUCCUUUGCCUCUACAGACAUUACUUAAAUACAUAAUACGUAAAUAUGGACUACUACAUUGAGUUUGUUUAUGGAGUACAAGUUUGUC